CCUAAUGAUACAUCCCAAUAAAGUUACUCUGGCUUGUUACAAAUUUGGCUACUCGAUAUCUUAAACAAGACUACUUAAUCCUUACUAUAAUGCUGAUAUCAGGACUGAUUGCCCGCGGGGCUCCUAUGUUUCCUGAAUUCCUACUCUAUACCAAAGCUGUUCUUAUCCUUCUUUCAGUUAUCGUCUUGGCAUUAGCCUCCUAUGUACUAUCUAUUCAGCAUAGUAACCCCUAUUAUAACUCCGGAGUUCCAGAAUAUCUGAUCUUCCUAACGAUAUUUACGUGGAUCAUCUACGGUGCUCCACUUGCUAUUGAGCUUAAAGCGCCUCGAUUCUAUUAUCGCAUAGUAGUAUUGGCUGCUUAUGCUCUGAGCUCAAUCUUUUGGCUAGCAGGCUGGGCUUGGAGCGCGUCUUGGGCCUCAUAUGGCCUUUCAUUCAAUAAUAGUUAUGAAGAGAGCAGUGGUAAAGACCUAUGGACUACAUUCGGAUCUGUAAUGGGAGCCUGCGCAGGUCUUGGAGCUCUCAUAUGGGUUCUAUCUAUCGCAGAAUUCGGUUUCUUCUGCCACUUCGCAUUGCGAAACUUCAAUCCUGCGUAUAUUGGCAAUGCAGGGUCUGAGCGGGUUCAUCUGAGGACUCAACAUGAGGUUCAGACCCCCCCGCCUUCUCAGCGUAGUUAUACUACGCAGUCGGUCUAUGGGGGACAACCUCAAAGAGAUUAAGCUACUAAUAUGAUAUAAGACAAGCGACUGGCUAUAUUGAUUCACUGGAUAUAUGUUCUUUUAGCUGGCACCUUAAAGUAUAUAUUAGAGCUAUUUCACUUACAGUGUGUUCAACUCGAUGAACUUCAGAGCCAGUAAUUGAGGUUUCUUAAAUAUAUGCCUCUCUUAAUUAGUAAACGGAGAUAUAUCGGUAUGUCAAUAUGAUAGCUCCUGUCUUAGGUCUUACGGCCACAUGCCCAGGGACUAACUCCACUGGAUUGUGCUAUCGAAAUUCCAUUUCUUUGUAUUCAAUGACACAGGAGACCAUUCAUCAGUUAACGUGUACAUCGAAUAGAAGAAUAUGAGCACAAGUCGGCAACGCAGAUUAAUGAUGCAUUAAUAAUUGCCCGACGGAGAUGCAGUGGGGAUUAUGAAGCUCCAAAGAAAAGGGGGAGGGGAAGGGAGUUAAUGAACUGCCGGUAGGUGGGGAAUCCGACG